AUGGGUGGGUUUGAUCUCACUGCGCUGCAAAAGCGCGUUAUGCAGGCCCCUCCAACACAAUAUGAACAGCUCUACCUUGUCGGUUUCCGUGGUGUGCUUGUAAUCUCGACGUUCCUGUGGGUGUUUCUUCAAACCUUUGCACCGACGACGGUAUAUGCUGCAUGGGCCAACCAGGAUGGACCUCACGAUCAGGAAAAUGUGCGAAAGGUGCUAUCGGUGUUGUUCUGGAAUCAGUAUUUCCUCAUCGGAUCCAUCAUCUUUCUGUCCGCUCGAUCUAUCGCCAUCCCAUUCUUCCGCAAUCCUACAAAAGAAUCCAUUGCGCGAAUUUUACUUACUCGCCCCCUGACUCUCUGCAUCCCUGCCGCGAUUGCGGUGGCCAUUGUCAAGGGCUCCAUUACGGAUGAUUUUGUCAAUAACAUCCUUCUCCGCUUCGCAGAAGGAACAAAUAACAAUGCCAUACCGAUUCCGCAGCCAUUGCCAACAACACUGUCGUACUGGAACUCUGUCUUCAACCUGUUCUGGGUGUCACAUCAGUUUGCGGCGCAGGCUGCGAAUUACGCAUAUCCCACCCAGACACUAUGGAUGAUCACCGCAGUUUAUAUCCAAAGUUACACCGUCUAUAUGACAAUGAUCGUCGUACCCUACACACGGCCGAAAUGGCGUGUGCAGUUUUCAAUUUUUUUCAUCAUUGCCGCCUGGUGGUGCCAGUCCUGGGCCUGGUAUACUAUUUCGGGCCUCAUCAUGGCUGACAUGGUCGUGAACAUGGACUUCAAAGUUCAUGCGCAGCGCGGCAUCCCCGUCCAAUUCCGCAAUCUUGCCUGGCGACAAGCGGACGGCCGUCCGCGACGAAUCCCUGUCUGGAGCGUCGCCGGUCUGGUAAUGCUAGGCGGAAUUGCAAUGCAAUACGUCUGGGUGGCUGCACGACCGGACUUGUUUACAGCGGAGUGGGAAAUCCAUUCAAAUCCGUACAGCAUUGGCGGUCUCAACACAGAAUAUCAGAACGACCAUACCUCGGCGCGAGAUGAUGUCUAUCUCAUGCUGGUAGGCUUUUUCUUCUUGCUAGAGACAUAUGAUAUACUGCAACGGGUACUCCAGAACAGGUUCUUUGUCUAUCUUGGGAGCCGGUCUUAUAGCUACUUUCUCAUCCAGCCCAUCCUGAUAUAUCGGGUUGGCAUCCGUGUGUUUGGCCAAUUACGAGGCACCCAUGGUAUUGGAUAUCCAGGCUCUGUGGUUGUGACUCUCAUUACAUGUCUCGCUGUGACAGUACCUGCUGCGGAGCUCUACCAUCGUCUGGUCUGUGUUCCGAGCAGAUACCUCGCACACCAUUUUUACGAGUUUAUUACGUCGUGA